UGAAAAAUCAGAAAUCUUAAUAACAAUACGACAUUUGACGAUAAAACUUAAAUUUUUUGGCUUUUCCUAGGUAUUUAAGUUUUGUUUUUUUUUUGUCUAAACGCAUCCAUACAAUUUACUUUUGGUGAAGUUAUUUUUACUAUUAAUUAAGUACUUUUUAUGUCUACUUAAAACAUAAAUUAUGAACAAUGUUUUUAUUGUGCCUAUCGCUCUUAAAAUAGUUCGACUUGGUUUCAAGGAUAUAUCAAUACGUUGCCAAUCAUCAAAACAAAAUUUGUCUUCAUACUAUGACACAUUAAACCUGAAACCAGGAUGUACAAAAAAAGAAAUACGUAACUCAUUUAUUAAAUUAUCUAAAUUGAACCAUCCAGAUGUAUGUGGUCCUUCUUCUAAUGAUAGAUUUGUACGUAUCAAUGAAGCAUAUAAUGUACUAAUAGAUGAAAACAAGAAAAAGUUAUAUGAUGAAACAUUGGUAUACACCAAGAAUAGUAAUCCAAUCUAUUAUCAUUACCGGGAACGUCAAAAUAGAAUAUUCAAUUUGGUUUUUAAAACAAAUUUAUGUUUGCUGAUCUUUAUUAGUGAAAAUUGGAAAGAUGUAUACAAUAAUCCAAAAAACCAUUGGCUAGCAUCAAAUAUUGCUAUUGCAGGUGUCUGUCUUUCUAUACUAGUUGUUGGAUCCAUAAUUCGAUAUAAGGGUAUGAAAAAAUCUGCCUCAAUGCGAAGUUUAUUGAUGGAUGAAUCUGAUGAACGUUUGUCCUUUUUAGAAGAACAAAAAUUAAUGAAAAUUGAUAAAACCAAUGAUGAGCUUAUAAAACUGUUUGAACAAAAUAUUGCAAAAGAAUAUGGUCAUAUUGUAAAAAAAUAAUUUGUUGUUACAUUGUAUUAUUUGUUUCUAGACUAUUAUUGUUAACUUUUUAAUGUUUGAAAUAAAUUUGUUGAAUUUAUACAAUA